CCCCCUAUCAAUUCACUUUUACAGUGGGUGCCUCUCAUGGAAGAAGAUUGCAGGAAACAUUCCGAGGCCUCUGGAAUCUGCCUCCCAGAGAAUUUCUCUAUAAAUCAAAUCUUUGGGAAGGCGAUUUUAGCAAGAAAGAUCAACUACCCCAUCUUUCAGGCAGCUCUCACUGUCAGAAAGAAAGGAUUUACAGCCUGCAUCCUCACCAAUAACUGGGUGGACGAUAGUACCCAGAGAGGCAGCCUGGCCCAGCUGAGGCUGCACUUCGACUUCCUGAUAGAGUUGUGUCAUGUUGGAAUGGCCAAGCCUGAGCCUCAGAGUUACAAGUUGGUACUGGACACCUUGCAGGCCAACCCCAGUGAGGUUGUCUUCUUAGAUGACAUCAAGGCUAAUCUCAAGCCAGUUUGUGACUUGGGAAUAGCCACCAUCCUUGUCCAAGACACCAGUGCAGCCCUGAGAGAGCUGGAGAAAGUAACCAGCAUGCAGCUUCUCAACACUGCAAUCCCUCUGCCAACCCCAUGCAAACUAAGUGACAUGAGCCAUGGGUACGUGCCAAUAAAGCCAGGGGUCCGUCUGCACUUUGUCGAGCUGGGCACCGGGCCUGUGGUGUGCCUCUGCCAUGGCUUUCCUGAGAGCUGGUUCUCCUGGAGAUACCAGAUCCCUGCUCUAGCGCAGGCAGGCUUCCGGGUACUUGCUGUGGACAUGAAAGGGUAUGGAGAGUCCUCGUCUCCUCACGAAAUAGAAGAAUAUUCCUUGGAAGUGUUAUGUAAGGAGAUGAUAACCUUCCUGGAUAAGCUGGGUAUCUCUCAAGCAGUGUUCAUUGGCCACGACUGGGGAGGCAUGCUGGUGUGGUACUUAGCCCUCUGCUAUCCUGAGAGAGUGAGGGCAGUGGCCAGUUUGAAUACUCCCUUCAGACCGAUGAAUCCCGAAGUGACCCUAAUGGAGACGAUCAAAGCCAAUCCUCUUUUUGAUUACCAACUCUACUUUCAAAAACCAGGAGUGGCUGAGGCUGAACUGGAAAAGAACCUGACUCGGACUUUCAAGUGCUUAUUCAGAAGAGGUGAUGAGUCUUUGAUUGCCUUGAACAAAGUCUCCGAAAUGGGAGGAAUUCUGGUACAAUUCCCGGAUGAGCCCAGUCUGAGUACAAUGAUCACUGAAGAGGAGAUCCAGUUCUAUGUGGAGCAGUUCAAGAAGUCUGGUUUCAGAGGCCCCUUAAACUGGUAUCGAAACAUGGACAGGAACUGGUGUUGGGGCUGCAAAAGUGUGGGACGGAAGAUCCUCAUUCCAGCCCUGAUGUUAACUGCUGAGAAGGACUUCGUGCUCCUUCCAGAGAUGUCCAAGCACAUGGAGGACUGGAUCCCCCACCUGAAAAGGGGACACAUUAAGGAUUGUGGACACUGGACACAGAUGGACAGGCCCACUGAGUUGAAUCAAAUCCUCAUUGAGUGGCUGGAAACGGAUGCCAGGGACCCACCAAUGGUCUCUUAGGGUGUGGCAUGUGUCAAUACCUGGCAGGCACUGCAGUGCUUUCCUCUCCUAGGAGCUGUUCCUGGUGUGGGGAUGUGGGCUUACACAUACCUAUGAUAACAGCAACAUUGUUCUGAGGGGGUUGCAAAAAAAUAGCGAUUUUUUUAAAAAAAUGAAGUGAAUCAGAGUUAACAUAGUUUUAGCUGUAGGAAAAAUCAUGUGUGAUCAAUUCUCUGGGUAUAAAUGCAUCACGUUAUCUGUAAGAAUGGUUAGUGUCCCAUUCAGGAUGGGACGGCCAAGUGAUGAUUUCUCUUUGGUUGACCAAUUCAUAGUUUUGCAACAAAG